AUGGCAACUGGAAAGAAGCAGACAGAAAGCGAAAUGCUGGCCGAAAAGCUGCUGCAGGGCUGGACUAUGCUGAGCGAAAAUUGCCCCUACUGCAGCAGAGUCCCCCUGAUGCGGCAGAGGCAAGGAAAGGACUGGUGCGUCGCCUGCAGCAGAUUCGCCCCCACGAACCCGGCGCAGCAGCAGCAGCAGCAGCAGCAGCAACAGCAGAAGCAGCAGGAUGAGGAGGAAGACGAGACGAGCGACAGCGGCAGCGAGAAGUCCGAGCGACUGGCAUCGGCAACGGGGGAACCCUUCGAGCUGCGUGGCUCCUUCCGAUUGCAGGCGACACCAGAAGAGCGUCUUGCUGCUUGCAGCGCAGCACUGAAGAGGGAGGGCGAAGCAGCAGCAGAGGCGCUGAAGCAGCAGCACCAGCAGCAGCAGCAGCAGCAAGAGUGUAGCCCAGCCUCCACAACAGCAGAGAGCGUCUCCACGUGA